GCCCCGGACCCUGCGCUGCGCGCCCGGGCGGCUCCGUGCGCAGGUCGCCGCGCACCGCCCCCCACGCGGCCGCCGGACCAGCCGCGUCCCAGCGCCCGGCCGGGGAAAUGGCUGCGGGGCUCCGCGCCCGGGUGCCGGUGGCGUUCGAGGACGUGGCGGUGUAUUUCUCCCCGGAGGAGUGGGCGGCGUUAGCGGAAUGGCAGAGGGACCUGUACUGGGACGUGAUGAAGGAGAAUUACACGCUGGUGGCCUCGCUGGGCUCUGCAGGCGCCGCAGUGGAGAUCACCUGGAAGGCGGAUAAAGACGAAGAGCCGAACGUCGGGGCUCCCCAGGGGAAGAGGGGGGGCGGAACCCCGCAGCCCCCCAGCCUGGGCUCCGCCGCCGCCCGGCCGGACGGUUGGGUUGCAGCGAGUCACCGAGCUGGGCCAUGCACCUGGGAUGGUCGGUUUGUCUGGGCCCCUCGGUUCUCCAGGGUCCUCCUGCACCAGGGACAGGUGUGCGAGACGCAGAGCGACCUGCGACCGGCGCAGGUGGCGUUCGAGGACGUGGUGGUCCGAUUCUCCCCGGAGGAGUGGGCGGCGUUGGCUGAAUGGCAGAGGGAGCUGUACUGGGCCGUGAUGAGGGAGAAUUUCGAGCUGGUGGCCUCGCUGGGCUCUGCAGCCCCCAAGCCAGAGAGCAGCUGUGACAUGGAGCCAGGGGACGAGCCCCAGCAGGGGCAGGAGAGAGCGAUUCCUGCGGCCCCCAGCAUGGCAGGUGAUGGAGUCUGGGCUGGGGCUGAGGAGAAGCGGGGGGGAGCCCAGAAAUCCCUGGGAGGAGCAGCAGCCGUCCCAGCACCCCAGGGGAAGGCGCCGAAUACCUGCAAAGACUGCGGGCAAAGCUUCUCGGAGCGGGGCCUCCUCAUCGUGCACGUGCUGAGGACCCACCUCCGGGAGCAAAACCUGCCCUGCGGGGAGUGCGGGAAGAUCGUAUCCGGCCGGGGCAGGCUGGCGGCGCACCAGAGGGCCCACCUGCGGGAGCGGACCUUCACCUGCGUGGCCUGCACGCGCGCCGUCGUCUACAACAAGCACAUGGUGGACCAGGUGCGCCUGGAGCUGGGCGGAGGGAGGCCCUUCAAAUGCACCAAGUGCAGCGACAGGAUCAUCCUGAUGGUGGAGCCGCCGGCAAAGCGCGAGCGGGGCUCCUUCCCCUGCCCCCACUGCCCUAAGGUCUUCUCCUACGUCUACCUCCUGCAGCGCCACCAGCCGCUGCACGCCUGGGAGGAGGAGUCCUGCUCCAAGUGCGGCAAGACUCUCCAGCGGCGGAACGCGCUCGGCAAGCCCCGCCGGCGCCGCUUGGGCAAGCAGCCCGCCUCCUGCGCCGAGUGCAUCCGGAAGGAGCGUCGCAAGAGCCCCGCGCCGGAGCAGUCAUUCCCCUGCGCGCAGUGCGGGCGGCACUUCACCAAGCGCAGGUCUCUGGCUACCCACCUCCAGGCCCACGCCCGCCCGCUGCUGCACCCCUGCGCCCAGUGCAGCCAGCGCUUCAGCAGCAUGCGGGCGCUGCUGGCGCACCAGCGGGUCCACACGCCGGACAGGCUCUGCCGGCAGUGCGGCCAGGCCUUCGGCUCCAGGGAGGCCUGGGCCGCGCACCGGCUGGAGCACGAGCGGCAGAAGCCGUUCACGUGCACCGAGUGCGGGAAGGGCUUCAGGCGCAAGGACAGGUACACGAUGCACCAGUGGCUGCACGCAGGCCCUGGGCCUCUCGCCUGCCCCCAGUGCGACCAGCACUUCCGCCUGCCGCAGCAGCUGGAACGGCACCAGCGCCUCCACCGGGCGCCGAGAGAGGCCAGGCUCAGGACGAACGCACAGGCCUGCCCGGCCGGAGAGCUGAGCCCCACAGCUGGCCCUGCCACCCCUGCCGCGUGCGAUCCUGGGCCAGGCGCCUCGCCGGCCUGGGCCGUGGUGUCCCCACCUGAGAAGUAGGGGGAACGAGGCCACGCCCCGGUGCAAAGGGUAGACGUGCAUUAGAGAGUGGGGAGCUCUCGCUGUGCAAGGGCCUCUGGGCAGCCUGCGUGAGUGGGCUCAGACGGCUUCCAUGGCCUGCUCUGGGGGGCUCUUUGGGUGACGGGAUGGGUGCCUCGACUGCCUGUUCUGCCCAUCCCCUCUGGGGCACCCAGUGCUGGCCGCUGUCGGAAGCCAGGACCCUGAGCUGGCUGGACCAUUGGUCUGACCUCGUGUGGCUGUUCUGGGCUCCAGCCCUGCCGUGCGGCCCGGGGACGUGGUGGGAGCCCAGACAGCAGGGCAAUGGUAAUACCAGGCCGUUCCCCCGGGGGCUGGGAGCACGGCCCUCCCUCCAGCCUGUUGUAAACUCCCAUGCGACUGACUGAUCUGCAACGACUGAGCUGUGCCAAGCGCUCGCAGAACGGGGCUCUGGGCCGGGCUCCGCAGCCUCUCGCUGGGGAUCGCCAGCCACCAGGCGUCCGGGGCCACGUGCGGGCAUCGAACCCCUGCCAGGGCGUGGGGAGCAGAACCUGCCUUGGGGGCUGGUGUGGGGAGAAGGGCCAGCAGCAGCAUUGGGGGCAGGGGGCUGAACUCCCCACAGGUGCUGGGGAGCUGCGGGAACAGGCCUGGCAGCUGGGGCCCAGUGCUGCUGGUGAGAGCCCUGCUCCAGCUCCCUGACCCUGCGGCCGAGGGACGUGCCAUGGCCCACAGGGGGAGGGAUCUGGAUUCUCACCCUGAACCCAUCCCUGUGCUGCCUUAGCCCGGCUUCUCCCCACCAGCCCCAGCAUGUCACCCGCUGGCCUUGGGGCCGCGACUCCACCCUCCUCGCCCCGUGCGGGCGUAGAUGGGAAACCAGGGCUAAGGGUGCCCGCAGCACCACUGGGUGAGAAACAGUGGGAGCCUCUUGGCUCUCGUGGGUUGGGCGCCUGUGGGGGUCUGUAGGGGUGUGUGACAUUGAUAUAAUCUGGGACCAUAUAGAACAUGGUUUGCAACCAAGGUCCUGUAGUGGCACCAAAUCUUAGGUAAAGGGGGUUGUAUAAGGUGUCUAAGACCAGGUUAUGGGUUGCUGGUUAUGAUUGUGCUGUCUGGGUGAUUGUAUCAUUUUGUAGCUGAAGUUAUGAGUAUUGGCUCUGUCCUGUCUGUAUUUCAAACUUGUGCUCUGCUUCUGGGAGACACCCCAGACAAGUUGGUGUUAGCUCUGCCUAGCCUGCUUGAUGGCCC